AUGUGUUACUCUCCAGAAUCCACACCGCGAGAAAUUCCGAUUGAUGUCCUCAUCGAGAAGCUUAAUCCUGCUGGUGGCCAAAAUCGUCAUCAAGCCAGACUCGAUUUCGAUAUCAGAGGUUCUUGUGAUGGUUUGGUAUGUGUAGAAGUCCAUGAUAGUUAUAAGGUUAGGGUUUUCUUGUGGAAUCCAUGUACCAGAGAGUGUGUUGAAGUAAAAGAAGGCAAUGGUGAGGAUAGUUAUAGUUUACCGAUGUUACAUGGAUUUGGUUAUGACUACAAUAGUGACGACUACAAGGUACUGAGUGUGCUUUACCAGUCGAAAACUGCGACUUAUAAAUCAAUGAUCUACACAUUAAGAACAAAUUCUUGGAGAAGGAUUCAAGACUAUCCUCUCGGUGCCAGUCUGACUGAGAAGUGUGCUACUUUUGUAAGUGGAGCUCUAUAUUGGUUGGUGAGAAGAAUAUUAAAUGAUGUGUUCACUAAGGUAAUUAUUUCUCUUAAUCUAACAAGUGAGGCAUACAUGGAAGUGCCACAACCUGAUUAUGGAACAAAUACACGUUAUGAUCAGUACAGAGUGGGUGCUUUAGAAGGGUGCUUGUGCCUACUUGUUUUCAACAUAACUUCUCGCUUUCAGAAAGAACUAUGGGUGAUGAAGGAAUAUGGGGUGAAAGAGUCUUGGACUAAAUAUCUCACAAUCCCGCAACCGUUGGGAUGUGGAAAUUUGAUAUCCUUAUCACGGCUGAUAUGGUUUUUGGGAAACGAUGAAAUCGUAUUAGACUUGGAUAGGGAAAUGGUUUUGUACAAUACAAAGACAAAAUCAAGAACGUAUCUCGGAAUUCCAGUAUGUAGUUAUUACAAGAGUCAUGUCUAUGUAGAGAGUCUUGUUUCACUCAAUGCUUACAAUGAGCUUGGAAGCAAGUAA